AUGAAGUUUUCCCUCACUGUUUCACUUAUUGUGGCCUUCAUGGCUAUGGUUUGUGCUGAUGAACUAAACGACGAAAAAGGAGCAUUCACGGUGAGCACUUUUUUUCUUUUGUGAGACAGCUUUUGGUGUGAGCUACUUUCCAAUGUAUGAAGCAGAAAAUUUGGUACCUCGAGGGCCCUAUCAAAUCGUGAACUCUGAAGAAUUCUUUAAAAAAAAGUUGCUUUUUAUAUCGUGAGAUUCUGGACUUUCUUAACUCUCAUCCUUGUUUAUUUAUACAAUUGCAAAUCGAAUUAUUAUAGCUCUACCUUAUGAAAUUCUUUUCUCCCCGCAACCACAAUGGAAACGUCAGAAAGAAAAACUAAUGUUUUGGUGCGAAACAUCUAACAAUGCAUUUUAAGAUGCUCUGAGAUACACAUCUUUUUUGCAUUAUUGUUAUAGCAAUGUCACAAAGAUCUCUACAGCUGCUACAAACAGGAAACCAACACCGCAAAGGAAUGCUUGGUGAAAUACAAAGAUUGUAUGGCCGCGCUUAUACCUACUAUGCCUUACUUUAUGGUAAGCUCUACGUUAAUACGUCAUUUUUGUUUAGUUUCCUUUUUUUCGUCAUUUAUGAUUUUCUUUCAUUUAUUUGUGUUGAUUUCAGACAGUGUAAUCGAGCACAAGUUUCAGUUGAAACCCCUCCUCCCCCCCACUCCCCCGCUUUUUUUGUUGUUUUCUUUCUUUCUAGCCCUAAGCAAAAAUCUCGGAAAUUCAAUGCAUUCGCCUCUAACUCUAAUCUAAUUUAGCUUGAGGAUUAACCAUAUUUCUCAUUUGCAGGCUGGAUAUCAUUCGUCAGCCGGGUUGAACUAAAAUGAAUGAACUUUCCAAGAAAGUUCACCCAUCUUUCACUUAAAUAAUAGAUACGCGUUUCAGAGUUUGCGCUCGUUUUGUUUUAGUUGUAGUGAUACAUAUUGGUUUGCUAUUAGCCUGAAUGUAACAUUCGUAGAAUUCAGAUUUUUUUAUUGAAAUUUCAUCCUUUAUGUCACGCACAAAAAGUGUUUUAGCACACCAUGCAAACCUGUCAAUUUUCAGCCUUAAUUUGCUUGAAAGACAAAAUUUUUGUCGGGUAUGAGUGCAGUAUUCUGAAACGUUGAAGCCAUAACAUGGUCGUAAUUUUAUCUUUUUUUGUUUGCAGACCUUAUGUAAAAAAGACCUGACCUUUUGCACAAGCCAUGCACAAGGCAUAAAAGCGAAGGCUGACUGUUAUAUUGAAUACGGCAAAUGUUUAAAGAAUGGAGGUCCUACCCCUGUCACCUAUUCCCCUUCCCACCAUGCAAUGGACGACAGCAGUAGCGGUCAGUUUACGGUACGUUCGCAAACGUGAGCCUUUUGCGAUUGAGAUGAAAAAUUCAAAUAUUUCGCUUCAUCACUUCUUUACAAAGUUGUUAACUAUGUAGAGGAAGGUGUUUUUUCUGCCUUGUCAAGAGCAUGAGAGAUCGGAAAGAAGUUUCCAUCCGAUGUUUGUUACUUGAAAACUGCUUUCGCUACCCACAUGUACAUUGUAUAAAUAAACAUCGUUUCCUAAAAUCACUUUUGCCUCAGGAUUGUCAUAAAGAACUGUAUAACUGCUACAAAGCUGAAAACAGCAGCGCAAAGGAAUGUUUGAUUAAAUACAAAGACUGCAUGGCAGCUCUAGUCCCUACAAUGCCGUAUUAUGUGGUAAGAAUAACUAUCAUUAUCUGAUUGUUCUGAGUAGAGUACAAAUAACGCGCGAAUCGAAAACAAAUACCUGCGUUAUUGGACAGUUGGUUAUUUUGUACCGUAAAAAAAACUGUUUAAUCAAACGACUGCGUGCGCUACACUCCUCUGCCUGCUUCGUUUUUCCAUCUUCAUUAGAUAAGCGUAUGAGAAAUGUGUAUGAACAAAGCAAUUAAAAAUAAAUAACAUGUUAGACAAUUUGAUGUGUAGUAUUGCUGAGUAUUUUCACUCGUAGUUUGUAUUUUGACCUGCUUUGCGGGCUCGCCAAAAUACGGCAGCACUCGUAAAAAUACUUAGCGAUACAUACCAAAACGUCCAAUAAGAUAUAUUUCUCUUUCGCCCAAACCAUACCCCGCCUUUAUAUAUAUUUCUCCUUCGUACAAGUAUUAAAUGACACAAGGUUUCGUUCGCAAUGAUUACGUAGUAAUAGCGUUCUCUAACUAAGUAUAAGUUAUCAGUUAUUGUCUUUGUGCAAGGAAAACUGAUAUCCAAAAAUAGAUACCUUGGUAACUAGAGAAAACUGUCCUCAAUUAUUAAUAGUUUAAUCUAAUUACAUAUUAUACUAAUCCCUUUUUUCUCAGACUCUGUGUAACAAAGACCUGAGUUGGUGUGUUAGCCACGCUCAAGGAAUUAAAGCACAGGCUGUCUGUUUCUAUGACUACGGCAAAUGUUUGAAGGAUGGGGGACCUACUCCUGUAACUUAUGCCCCUGAGAAACGUAUGCCUCCAACUCUGGCUCCAACUCAUGGUCCAUUGGCGGUAGGAAUCACUAAUCACACAUCCACAGUGGUUUUAGAUUCUUCUUUUUGUUCAAGAUUGAUGUUUAAAAGUUAGAACCUGUAAACAUGGUUAUAUAUGCUAUUAGUAGUAUUGAGCGUAUCAAGGUGGUACAGAAUUGGGAAAUAAAGUCCCUCGCCCCAUUCAAAGCAGUUUUUGUUUUAUUUAAUAAUCCGGUUUCCUUGCAGCAAUGCCAAAUCGACCUGUAUAACUGUAAUAACAACCCAGAUAAGACUGUUAUGGAAUGUCUGGUAGACUACAAGGAUUGCAUGGCUCAGCUCAUUCCACCCUAUGUGGUAAAUAUCUUUUAAGUGAUUAUUUGUGUACGAGACAGAAAGCAGGGUGUAAUGCCUUUCAGCACGUGAAAGAAUUCUCAACUUUCAUCUAUGGUAUAAGCAAGAGAAGUGAGCUCUUGAGAGUCGGAACCAAAGUUGUGCUCUAAUUACCCAUUACUCAACAUUAUCCUAUUUUGAAUUUUCUUUUAGGCAACAUGCAAGAAAGAGGCCGAUAAAUGUUACGAAAAUGCCACAGGGCUUAAGGACAAAGCAAAGUGUGCCAUUGACUUCAGUGUGUGUUUGUCAAAUGGUGGGCCAACACAGGCUGCCUAA